AUGAAGCUUGAGGAGAAGGUAAAACUUCUCGAUAUGUUGAAGGAAGGCAAAAGUUACGCAGAAUGCCAUUUUAGCCUGAAUGAGAGUACUGUAAGGUACAUCAGGAAGAAAGAGACGGAGAUACAUAUGGCUGUUUUGACUGCUAAGGAAUGCAACGAUGUACAGGCACAGGAAGGUGAUGAUGCAGGGGAAUUAGAAUUCUUCAGCUUUGAUGAACCUGCAUCAGAAGAAGAAAAAGAGGAGGAAGAGCCACAAGCAGGACCAUCGUCAGUUCCUCAAGGUUUUCAGAGGCUGUUCUGUCUGAAGAGUGUGUCUGUGCAUGGGGAAGCAGCAUCUGCUGAUACAGAAACAGCUGCAAAAUAUCUGGAGCCCUUCAAGAAACUAAUUGAGCAGAGGGGAUACCAUCCACAACAGGUGUUCAACAUGGACAAGACUGGCCUGUUUUGGAAGAAGAUGCCGUUCUGGAUAUACCUCAUGAAGGACAAAGCCAAAGCCUCUAGAUUCAAGGCCCAAAAUGAUACGGUUACUUUCCUAACGUGUGGGAAUGCAGAUGGCCUCAUGCUGAAACCAGGCCUCAUUUACAAGCCUGCAAACCCCAGGGCCCUCAAUAAUAAGAACACGCAUUUGCUCUGUGUUUUGGAUACACAAACCUACGGCCUGGAUCACCAAAGUCCUUACAUCUAA